UGGUUGUAAUAAGUCCGUUGUGUAACGUACGCACAAUUUCGGGCACAUUGUCUGAAAAUGCGCAAAUAGAGAUAAUGGAGGCGGAUUUGGGUCUAGCGCCACUACCAGAGGCACAACAAGCCACAUAGCCCGCGCCGUGAAGGAAAACACUUGGCUUAGGAUUCAGCUCUCUCCACUGACUCACAGUCCACAAAGAAAAAAGAUCUCCUGACGGUAUUUCCCAGGGAAGGCGGAAGCCAUCGGCAAGGAGGACAGCCGCUUUUUCCGCGUCCUGGCAGAGAAAGCCGACAUGUAAUGUCUGUGGAUGAAGUCUGUUAUUACAGUAACGUUACAUUACAGUACAGACGAUGUAGUCGGUGAACCACAAAGGAAUCUGCGGCGAAGCACACAGGAGCAACACGGAGCUGUGUUCUGGCAGCCAGGAUUGAUGUCUUUCAAGAUUUAGAGGCCAGCAGAUAUUUAACACCAGGUUCCCAUACAGAUGUAAUCCACAUCAUCCUGGAUAGUCCUAGUCCUUGUGUGACCAAGAAAAGGAUUGGACAAAAUAAGCCCUAGCUUCCAGUCCUUGCAAAGAAUGGCUCAUGGGUGGGAUUCAUACUACCAUGAUCUUCCACCUCUCUCAUCAGAUCCAAGCACUUUGAGAAGGACAUCAGAGCCAGAGGGAAGUCUUUCCCAGCAUAUAGAGAACUACAUUGGAAAUCAUGACUUCCCUGGCGCAGUGGCUUCACAUGAAGCCUCUGCAACAAACUAUUACUCAAAUCCCAGUACUGAAAAUUCCAGUUCAGACUGUCUUUAUCAAAGAUACUGCAAGGAAACAUCAUGGCAAGCUGAUGGAGAACAAAUGGAAAAAGAUUACUUGCAAAGAUGUGGAAAUAGUGACAUUUCAGAUUUUGCCACAGAUGGAUUACCAACAUCGGGAUCUUUUCCUUCAUCUUUUGCAAAUGAUUUACAAGACCUAAAGCAAGACUGUGGAAUGCUAGCUACAUCAUUUCUUGACGAUUACUCAGAUGUCAGUAGCUGCUCGGAAGCAGAUGUGGGUGAAACAAGGCCCUCUUGUAAAUUCAUGGCAAAUAAUUCAGUUCCAAAACCUAAAACUGAUUAUGUUACAAAACAUAGCUCAUCAGAAUGGCUUUUCACUGAUACUGGGAAUGUGAUGCUUCCAACUGAGAGUCUGUGUCCUAAUAAAUCAGAGACUACUGUAAUUUUGCCAACUACAUCAAAUGUGUCAGCAGGAGAAAACAUAGUUGAAUGUGCACAAGACAAGGAGGAAAGUUCAGAAAAAACUGUCACAUCCUGUGCAGGACAAGAACAGUCCUUUAGUACUUCUAACAUGGUGACAACGACAGUGAGUGAGACUGUUGGGGAUGGAAGGGAAUAUGGUAAUUGUCCAGAAAGAAGAGGAAAGGAGCAUAUGAAGAUUAAUCUCACUCAAGAAAAAAAUCCAAGCAUCUCGACAACUGGCCAUGAAAACUUGGCUGGUGAUGGAAUUGAGGAGUACCCAGAUGGCGGUGGGGAGGAGCAGGUUGCUGCAGCUGCUCCAAAUAUGACAAUAAUGGACAAUGAGGAUGGUCUCCCAGACGACCUAAGAAAGGAAAUGAAAGAAUCAUUCAACCAAGAAAAUAAGGGAUUUGAUAAUCCCAACUCCAGAGAUAGUCAAGAUGGAAAUACUAAAGAGGACAUGCAGGACAAAAGUGAAGACCUAAAAAAGGAAAGAAAACAAUCAGGUUCAUCUGAAAAAGAGACAUUUGAUGAUAAGAAGUCUCCAAAUCCCAAUUUUGGUAUUGGCCAAGAUGAAAAUCCGGAAACUGACUGCCGGGACGAUGAAAUUCAGUCAAAUACCUGUCAGUCUUCAAAUCUCCCUGGUAUAAAGGUGUCCAAUUCUAAAGCUGUCACUCAUGAACUGAGGCAAUUCACAAGUACCUCAAAGAGUAUCAGUCAGGAUCAGAAAUCAUGCUUGCGGUUAUCUGAGCACCAGUCCCAUGAAAGUGUAGCUCAGGAUAUUUGUCAGAGUACUGCUGUAAUGAGGGAUGGUGAUUUCAGCAAUGCCAAUGACAAGAAUGAGCAAAGUGUUGCAAGUCUUUCAGAAACCUGCUUACAGCCAAAGAGUUCCAGCACAUACAUGAAUACCUGUCCAGAAAAAGAAUGGACAGGUGCAGCAGAGAAGACAGAUAGUGACAAGGAUGAGCAAGGCUUUGCUAGUCAAGUAGAGUCCUGCUUACUGCCAAACAGCUCAAGCAUAGACCUGAAUUCCUGUCUAGAAAAGGAAAUGACAAGUCAACUAGAGAGGAAAACCCCAACCUCUCCUACAGAAACUGUUUGUACUGACCCUCCUGUGACUAGUGUUACGGAUGAUUUAGAGUCCUGUUCACAGUUUAACACAUCAAGCACAGACAUAAACCCCUGUCUAGAAAAAGAAUGGACAAGUUCCACAGAGAAUACAAAUGCAACCUCUUCUUCAGAUCAGCAACAGCCACUACACCAAUGUCCAGUGGCCCUACAACCAGGAGGUUUUCAUGGAGAUGUUGCUGAAGAUACAAGAGAGUCGUUAGAAAAGUUGGACACAUCGGCAGAGGAGCCGUCAGUGCUUGGCAAGCUGUAUGGGGAACCUCUGUCAAGAGAAGAUUCUUCAUGUGAUGCUGAUGAAAUAAACCUUGAUACAAGUCACUAUCAAGACACUUCUGUGGCCAGACCUGACAGUAACACCAUGAACUAUUCAGGGCAAACACCUCAACUCAUAUCCUCUCUACAAAUGAGGAAACGUCUGCAGCCUGUCGUAAUAAUGAAGACCUUAGAGUUAGUAGAUGGAAUGAGUAACUCUUACCAUUGCGCAGAUUGCCAAUACACAACCCACAGUGUGGAUCAUCUAAUAGAACACCACCAUUGUUUCCAUUCCGUGCACAGUUUCCAGUUUUGCAAGACUUGUAACCUCUACCUGAUAAGUGAUGAACAAGCAGAAAAACAUGUGUGUUGUGUAACCAAAGUAAGCCCUCAGCUCUCUUCAGAUUCCAGCAAACCGAAGAUCAGAAAACGUCGCGGGGGCCACAGGUGCAUGAAGUGCAGACUCAUAUUUUCAAAAAUACUUCACUAUAUCAAGCAUAUGAGGACUCACACUGGCAAAACACCCUUUAAGUGUAAUGGGUGUGGGUUAUAUUUUGCACAGGCUGGUACCCUGCAAAGACACAUGCGUACACCUGGUAGAUGCAAGCAGCCAAAACUUCCAGUCACAGAUUCUGAUGCCAUUAUCAAAGAAACCGAAACACCACCACAAGAGGACGUGGCACAGGACCAAACAUAUCUAAAUCUGCCCGAAUGUUACAUAAAGCUAGAUGACAUCUCCAGAACCCAUCUGUGUCGUUUUUGUGGUAAAUGCUUCUUAACUGCAGCCAAGGCCAAAAAGCACUACUACAACAUACACAAGGGAAAGAGUUUGGCAGUUUCAGUGCAGCAGUGUCAGUCGACCACAAAACUCAGUAGUGAACACCCCAAAAAACUGGACAAUGAAACAACAGGGAAAUAUAAAUGUCCCCUUUGUCCACGCCUUUUCAAAUAUUCCUACAACAGGGCUCGACAUUUACGUGACUGUGUCAGAAAUUCAGUGUGUGGUGGCAAGGAAAAAGUUUCCGGUAAAUAUCGAUGUCCCUUGUGCCACGUGACCUUCACUUUAUCAUCUAACCGAUAUAGACAUAUUAAGACAUUUUGCCUUAGAGAAUGUCUGAAUCGGCUCGCAAAGGAGAGGGCAAAAUCAAAGGAACAGGCUGAACAGAAAAAGGCUAAGGAAACUGAGCCGAAAUUGCAGUCGAAGAAGAAUGAACAGAAAAAACAGCCCAAGGAAAUGGAACAGAAAAAACAAGCACCCCCAGCUUUGACAGCCCCCCGUAUUGUACCACGCUACAGAUGCAAUCUUUGUCCAGCAGUUUUUUGUCAUGCAUCUGGAAAAUACAGACAUAUGAAGAAGCAUGAGCUGUUUAAACUCACUGGCAAAAUGUUCAAGUACAGGAAUUCAGUCUUCUCUACCUUGUCUAAACCCACAACUUUAAGUAGUACAAAGACUGAAGAGAAUAAAGAUACCCCAGAAUCAACUGAAGCAAAUGCCAGUCCUGCCCUGAGCUGCCGUUUUUGUGACAGUCGUUUCGCCACACCACAGUCACUGAUGAAACAUGUGCGCAGUCACCGAGGUGAAAGACCAUACCGCUGUGUGGAAUGUGGAAAAGGUUUCAAGAAACGUGCCUAUCUAAUUGGUCAUAAAAGCAUUCACCAGAGGCGGAUACAGUGUACUGUCUGCAGAAAGAUUCUUCCAACUAUUGGAGAACUGAUUCAGCACAGAAGUUCACAUCUGAAAAGGGGAAUGCUUCAGUGCCCAGACUGUCAUCUUCAGUUCCAGUAUCCUGCACAUCUCCUGAGGCAUCUACCCACCCACAAACCCAAAGAAAACAAGGCAAGUAAGCCUGAAGAGAGACCACCAUUAAAACCACAGCAGUCCUUGGAAUCCGUGAAAGAGCAGACUGAACCAAAUCAGCUACAGUGUUCUUUAUGCAAAGAGGUAUUUAAUGAUGCCCACUUGCUAAGAAAACAUUGUCUUGCGCAUAUAACUGGGUCUUCGACAAACCAAUGUCCAUUUUGCAAACGUGAUUUUAAUAAUCGCCGCUAUUUGCUGCGCCACAUGCUCAUACACACUGGAGACAAACCCUUCUCCUGCACAAACUGUGGAAAACAGUUUUAUCGUGACUUGUACCUUAAACUUCACAGUGAGAAGUGUGUGCCUGCUCAAACCAUUCAACAACAACUGGUCACAACUGAGUCCAACACUAAGCCAAAGGGGCCACAUCGGUGUACCUACUGUCCAAGGAGGUUUUUUAAGAGAAUGCGCCUCAAAAAUCAUCUCAAUGGCCACAAGGCAAACACUCUGCUUCUAUGCUCAAAAUGUGGGCAGUACUUUGGAUUUCAGAAAUUUAAACAACAUCAGAGUAACUGCGGGGAGACUACACAACUCAACACUGGCUUAUCGUCUCCAAACGGUGAUGACUGUAAAAGCACUUCACAGACAAGCCAUGUCUCUGUAAUGCCGUUAAAGUCCAAUGCAUCCAAGAUACUACCUUUGAAAUGCUCUCACUGUACACAGAGGUUCAGGUACAGAUCAUUACUCUUGAGACAUCUGGUUUCACAUACUGGUGUGCAACCCUAUGCAUGUAUGCACUGUGGACACCGUUAUGGAAGUCAGACAAUGUGUUUGCAGCAUGAAGCUUUCUGUGAUGGUGUUUACAAAGAGGGGCAGUCAAAGGUCAAAGGUGAUACUGCACCUCAGUUGACAAAGACACCUACUCUCAGAGAGGCAGCACAAAAGCCCCAAGCAGAAGGUGCAGCUGAGUAUAAAUGCAAGUUCUGCACGAAGACUUUCAUGAAAUCACGAAGCCUGAGACGUCACAUUUUGACACAUAACGAAGUAAAGCCUUAUCGCUGUAAAGCAUGUGACAGCUGCUUUUCAAGGUAUGAUCAUCUGAAAGUGCAUCAGGCUCGCUGUAAAGGCAAAAAAACACGACUGGAAAUCCGUAUUCCCAAAAUCAGUUUAGAGGAUGUUGGCAGGGGUUGGCAAAAUAAGUUUGGCAUUGAGCCUGCUGAAAAGCAGGAGACGUUUGAGUGUGAAGUCUGUUCAAGGAGCUUUCCAUCUCAGUCUAAACUUUCCCGCCACGUCACCUUGUUCCAUCUACCAAAAUUAUUCAAGUGCACAGGCUGUGGCUCGUCAUUCUCUCACGAAAAAACUCUAAAAAAACACAGGAAGAUGAGAAAGUGCAGAAGGAGCUCCAAUAAAACAAAGGCUGUCUUACCACAGGAUACUAAUCCACCUACAGAAAAUGCAGCAAACUCACUUAGAGGGAUGAGAAAAAGAAUUCUACAGCGUAUCCAACCCUACUUCAACAAAAAGCACAAGUAUGCAUGUAGUUAUUGCCCCCGUGCUUUUGGAAACAGCUGGCAAUUGAGCGUGCACAACCGCCUACACACAGGAGAGCGGCCAUAUGCUUGUGAUUAUUGUGAACAGAGAUUUAUAAGGAAGGAUUAUAUGCAGCGUCAUGCCGCAAAGUGCACCAAAAAAACAAGCAUUUUAACAGAAAAGGUGACAAAACCUACUGUUCCUGAAAGCCAGCAGUCAGCCUCUAAAAGCCCACCAAAAGGCUUUUCUUGUGCAUACUGUAGCUCCCGUUUCUUGCUAUUUUCACAGCUUCAAGAGCAUUUUCUAAAUGCACACCAGCUGGAAACAAAGGCUCCACCACUGUCCUCUGCUCCCCUACAACAACAUCUGUCAAAUAUACCAAAAAUCAAAGAAGAAGUUUUGGAUGAGAGUUGUGACAAAAAGCCUAGUGAUGUAGGUACUAAUUUAACCUGUAAACUCGAUACAGCUCUUGAUAGCGAGGUCGCCAAAACAUUUUCCUGCCCAGAGUGCAAUAUGACCUUUACAAAUAAAGCUGGACUAACUGGUCAUCUGCGUGUACAUGCAGCAGGGUUUCCUUUUAACUGUAAAACAUGCAAGAAGGGCUUCUGGAAUAAAAGUCUUCUCCGUAAUCACAACAGGAAAUGUAGAUUUGGCCACAUUUCCGGAAGAAGUUCAACCCAAGAGUUGGAAGUCCCUUUAAAAGCAGAGAUUGAUCUGGUGCUGAAUGACUCUGUUCUGGUGUUCAAAGAAGCCUCCAAUUCAACUGGCACUGGGGUUUUGCAGACCAGCUUUUCCUGCAAAGAUGAGGUAAUGGAUGAAUCCCAACAAAAUUCAGAGGAAAAUGAGGGGCAAAGCAGCUCAAUUAAAGAGAAGAAAACUGUGCAGUACCAAUGUUCAGAGUGUGAUCAGAGCUUCACCGAUGGCCUAUUGCUUAUUAGUCACCUUGAAGCCCAUGGAAGAGAGGAACAAGCAAAAAAGCGCAAUGCGUGUAUUAAGUGUGGGAAUGUGUUUUCCAGUCCAGGAAAUCUUGAAAAACACAUGAGGAUGCAUGGAAUUAAUAAAAAAUACUCUUGCCCUGACUGCUCCAAGGUACUGCCCACCAUGUCUGAACUUGAAAUCCACAGAACAUGUCAUGACCCAAAUAGGCCUUUUAUUUGCAAACUGUGUAAACACAGGUUUUGGACAAGACCAUCUCUAUGUAAUCACUACAGCGAAGAGCAUCCAGAUGAUGUUUUUAGGUGUCAGUUCUGUAACAAGGCCUACGCGAGCAAAAAAUCUGUGUCAAGACAUUAUAAAAAAUGGCAUCAAAAAGAGCAGAGGGACCUUUUGAAGACUGUACAGGAUAAGAGCAGCGCUGAACAACGAUCCAGCAGUCAAGUCAGUACAGCUGGUGAAAGCGAUGGGGAUGAAAAUAACGGCAGUGAGGACAGCGACUCAGACUCUGCACCAUACUUCCCAUGCCACGUGUGUGGUAAGACAUUCCCAACAUCAGAAAGUCUUGAGGAUCAUCAGAGGUGUCACCUGGGUGAAAAACCACAUGAAUGUGCAGAAUGUGGAAAAUGUUUUUUCCAGGCAUCCCAGUUGCAGCAGCACCAACGAAUGCACAAGUCUGAAUUUCAGUGUCAGGCAUGCGGAAGGGGUUUUGUCUCACUCUUUGCUCUGCGCAAACACAAGCAUACCCAUGGAAAGAGCCGUCCAUACCGUUGUUCCAAGUGUGACUUCAGUUUUACAGGACCCACACAGUUGGCAGAACACAUGUCUACCCACCGCGAAGAGAACUUCCCAUGUGAUAUUUGCAAUCUUGUGUUUCUCUCCAAGACCAGUAGAGCUGAGCAUCGGAAAAGCCACUCUAAGUCAGGUGACUUCCCUGCACCAAUUUUAAAGGAAGAACGUGAGAAGUCUGCUUCACCUUCUGAGAGCUCAUCAGUGUCCCCCAGAGAACUGAAAUAUCGCUGCGGUGUCUGUGGAGAGCGAUUUAAAGACCCAGAGGAGCUCUCAGAGCAUGGUUGCAAUGCAGUCAAAGAGCGAGCAUACUCCUGUUCAGACUGCGAUAAACAUUUUCUGCAUGCAUCUCACCUGAAAAAGCACAGGACCACCCAUCAUCUAUCGUGGUCUAAUAGUGAAUAUCCAUGCUCUCAUUGCAACAGUAGCUUUUCCUCCUCUGAGCGCUUCCUCAGCCAUCUGAAGAGCCAUGUGGAUACUGCAGCAGAAACCAAACGUAACACUGAGGGUAAAGAUGGAGGUGUGUCACACAGUUUCAUGUGUCCAGUUUGCCACCAGUGUUUUGCCAGUGCCACUGAACUGAUUGGUCAUUUUCCCACACAUCCUGGUGGUACCUUUGAAUGCAAAAUUUGUAAAAAGACAUUUCCCUCUGGAAGUAAGCUUGAAGAACAUGAGCGCAGUCAUGUGACAUCAGCUGCUGAAUUUGAAUGCAUAGUGUGUGAGUGUGGCCAGAGCUUUUUAGGAAGAGAUGCUUUCCAUCGGCACCACUGUUCCCAUCAAAAGCAAGCAACAACGGAGGCUGAGUACUCACAUCCAUCAGCUAAAACAUCCCCUCCAACUUAUCAAGCAGGAGAGGAGGAGGAGAUUGAUGUUACCGGAGAGGACUUGUACUAUUGCCCUGUUUGCUCAAUGCAGUUCAGCUCAAAAAGUGGUCUUCUGGAGCAUCAAAAUAAAGAGCACCGAAAUGAGAAGCCAUUUAAAUGCAAGCUUUGUGGAAAAGUGUUUGCCAGGAGGCGCUACCUCAGAGAGCAUGAGCGAAGGCAUCGUCAAAAAAAUACGACUCAGCCGGCUGAAAACAAGUUCAAAUGUACCCAGUGCAACGCCGAACUGAACACGGCAAAUGAUUUGUCUUUGCAUAUGAGAUUGCAUGCUGAAAAUGAAGUCGGAGAGUUCCGCUGUGAUAUGUGCUACAAGUCAUUCAACCAGUGGUCCCGUCUUAAGCAGCACCAAGAAAGUCAUGUCGGCCAAAUUGUAUAUGAAUGCACAGAAUGUGACAAAGCCUUCGCCUUUCCUCACCUACUGGAGGAACAUCAACAGACUCAUGCUGAGUCGUCUCAGUAAUGGUUGUUGCAUCCCAUCUACCUUAUCUCCCUUUUGAAUAACUAGCUAAUGUAACUUGAAGUUCCUUUCAUGCCUUACAUCUGACUGUGUACCUCCCGUUAUCACAAUUUAGAUCCUAUUUCUAUUUUUGGCCCUUGUUACAUAUUAACAAAGCUCUUGGCUAAUGUCAGAAUGACAGGGCAUCUCCUCCUGUGUUUCUAUUACAUUGUAUAUAUUUUUAGUUCUAAUAUUGGAAUUUGUAUACAGUUAAUUAGCCAGAUAGUUUCUUGACAGUGUUUGUAAAUCUCUGACAAAAUUGUGUAAAGCUGUUAACAUUAAAUGUGAUGAAAACAGACAAUGCAUGAUGGGAUGAGAUGUUUAUGAAAAGUCUUGGAUAAAGGCUGAAAUUUUUUAUCAAACAUUAUGAUGUUUAGAUGUUUGACAUCAAUUUUCAAACAGUGGUAAGUCAGUUUUGCUGAUAUGAAAAAUAGACUUCAAACUGGUCAUUAUAAUCUUGGUAUUUUCUAUGACCUCAUGUACAAUAGAUAAUUUUGUAAUUUUCAGUUUAGCAUUUCUCUGUAUUUAUCAUGGGUUGCAUUUUUCAAGGUAAUAGUUUGCCAUUUUUCUUGUAUAUACUUUUUGAAAUAUGUUCUAAUUGAAUAUUCUUUUCACAACCCAAGGAUGUUACUUUCUUAAGAAAUUUAAGUUGAUGCAUUCAAUUAAGGAGUAAAGUCAACUUGAAAAUC